AUGAUGUGGCGUUUCUGUGCAGUCCUAAUAUUCGGAGUCCUAGUAUCGGUGAACGGUCGUCUCAAAAGAAGCAUAGACCUCAUAGCAGCCCAUGGACUGAUAACCCAAGAAAAACUACCAUACGACACCAUGCCCAGCUCGUAUCACCUGUCACUGCAUCCCUUUCCUGCUGAUGGAUAUUUCGAGGGGACGGUCAAAAUAAAUGUUACGGUCCAGCAUAAAGCCCACCAGAUUGUUCUACAUGUACACCCAGACCUGCUUAUUUUGCACUGCAAUGUAACGCAACUGAUGCCACCUGAUGAUGAAAUCAAAAGAACGAACAAUUCCGAUGCUGAGCCCGACUACAGCCCAACACCAGUGAACGUGGAAUCGUCAAGGAAAGUGAAAAGCAAACCGCUCUUCAACAUAAUUCUCCAGAGUCCUGUGAAGACAGGUGCCGUUCUGGAGGUGUUCAUCCGAUUCACCGGGAGGCUCUUCAACGACACUUCAGAGGGUUUGUUCAGGAGCAGCUACGUCGACCCCCUGACCAAGAAGACGAAGUGGUUCGCAGCCACUCACAUGCGACCCAACAUGGCCAGAAGCGUCUUCCCGUGCUACGACGAGCCAGUCUACAGGGUUCCGAUGGUUGUGUCUGUUGCCAGACAUAAGAACAUGACCUCCAUCUCGAACAUGCCUCUCGAGUCAACGACACAGCAUGAAUUGAGGGAAGAGUGGGUUUGGGACACAUUCCAAAGAACUCCUCCGAUGCCAACAUUCGCACUGGGGAUUAUUGUCUCCGAAUUCAGUUACAUGACCUUCAACAUAUCUGAUGAUGAUGACGUUCAUCUGAGAGUCUGGGCACGGCCAGAUUUCAUAACUGCAGUAGAAAAUGUUCCCGAAAAGGUGGAAAAGUCUUUGGGAGUGUUGGAAGAAUUCUGGGGGUGUCCGUUUCCACUACCGAAAUUAGACAUUUUGGCUUUGCCGAAUUACCAAUCAACAAGACCUGCCGAUAGCUGGGGUGUAAUCAUAUUCAAAGAAAGCGAACUGAGUGCACGAGGAUCAUGGCACUUGACCCAUGAGUUGGUGUAUCAAUGGUUGGGAGCGCUAGCUAGUCCAUUCUGGUGGAGUGAUGCCCACAUUAACCAUGCUUUAGUCAGAUACGUCACUGCAUACACUACAAUGAAGCUCAAAGAAAUGAAUGAAACAGAGCCCUUCAACAAUUGGCCGAUGACAAUGCUAUAUUCAAUAUAUUAUGAGUUCAGCAAAAGAUAUCCUCAUGGAAAGAGUACAGCUAUUAAGCAAGAUUCAACAUCUGCUAAGACAGAAUUGAUUUUCAGAAUGCUGAAUUAUACUCUAGGAGAGAAAACUUUCAUUCAUGGAAUGCAGAGAUUCAUGUCAGACAGGCAAUUCAAAACCUUCUUCGGGGACGAUAUUUGGAUGAGUUUGACAGAACAAGCAAGAUUUGACGAAAAACUACCCCAACCGAUAACAGUCAAUGAGAUUGCUGCAUCAUGGAUCACAAAAGACAGAUUACCUGUAGUCACGGUGACAAGAAACUAUAAGGAUAAUACAGCCAGUUUGAGUCAGAGAGUUUAUCUACGAGAACGACCCCAUGACGUGCCAGACCAGGAAAAAUUCCUUUGGUGGAUUCCCGUUGUCCUUAUCAGACAAGAUACCAUGCACUUUGGUAAUACCACUCCAUACACUUGGAUGAGGAAGGAAAGGGAAGUUCAAAUCGAGAACUUACCAGGAAAAGAUUCCUUCAUUAUUGUCAAUCCAGAAGAAAUAGGUCCAUUUCCAGUCAACUAUGAUCCUCACAACUGGGGCUUAUUGGCGAAAUAUUUGUGCUCAGAGAAUCGAACAAAGAUUCCAGUAACAACAAGAGCUAAACUGUUGCAUGAUGCUUGGAACCUCGCAUACGCUGGAGAUCUCAGUUUCGCCACAGCUUUGAACAUGACACUGUUCUUGAAACAUGAAAGGGAGUACUUGGCUUGGGAUCCAGUAUUCACUUUGAUUGACCACAUCGGUAGACAUAUCGACAGUUCCUCAGUCCACAAGAAAUUCCAGACUUACGUGAGAAUAUUAUUGACACCACUGUAUGAAGAGCUGGGGAACGAACCAAAAGAGGGCGAGAGUGACGGAAUAGCUCAUCUGAGAAGUUCUUCGAAGGUAUUCUUGUGCCAGGCUGGAUACAAGCCAUGCAUCGAGGAAGCACAAGAGGCUUUCAAGAAGUGGAUGGAAUCACCAGACCCGGAUGAGGGAAACCCUGUGGCCAAUCAAUACAUAUGCCCCGUCUUCAAAUGGGGAACGCUCAGGGAAUGGGAAUUCGGCCUGGAGCGCGUUAUCAAAUUUCCAGCUUCGAGGAAGCCCAGCGAACGCACCUACUUAUUGAAGACCCUAGCCGGAUGUCCGAAUGAUGCCAACAAGAUAGAGAAGCUGCUGAACAUAACGGUUCUGGAGCAGAAUGGAAACUUCACGGAUAACGAUAUUUAUUUAAUAUUCAGCAUGCUCACUGGGGGCGCCAAUGGAUACACCAGCCUGUUCAAUUUCCUUAGGAAGAACUGGGACACCAUCAAAAUCAGAUUUGAAGAGAAACCACACUUAUGGAACAGUCUCAUAACCUCGGCUACCACAGUCUUCAAAACUCAAGAGGGUUUGGAUUUGGUAUCCGAACUUUAUGUGGAAAGGCAGACAGAAUUCGGGACUGCAGAUUUUGUAAUCGAAAAGGCUUUGAGAAAUAUCAAAGAAGAAACAAAAUGGAGCAACGAUAAUCUUCCAGUAAUCGAAAAAUGGCUGGACCAGUACAUAAUAAUGAAUGAUAAGAGUGUUUAG